AUGGCUGACUGGGGUCAAACCGAUCAGGGGGGGUCGUCCCAGUGGAACACUGGAGGCCAGGACGAGUGGGACACUGGAAAGCAGGACACCAACAACUUUGGCAAUGACGGCGGUUUCGACAAUGGUGGCUUUGCCAAUGGCGAUGGAUUCGACAAUGGUGGCUUUGAAAACGGCGACGGUGCCGAGAAUGGUCAUGCCAACGACAAUGACAAGUGUUUCGGCUGCGGUGAAACUGGUCACCGUCGUGCUGAGUGCCCCAACCCUCAGGAGAUGGCCUGCCGCUACUGCAAGCAGCCUGGUCACAUGGUGAAGGAUUGCCCUGACAAGCCUCCCAUGGUCUGCGAGAACUGUGGUGAAGAAGGCCACAUGCGCAAGAACUGCGAGAACGCUCGCAAGAUCAACCGCGACCACAUUGCUGAUGUCUCUCUCGAGGAGGCCUUGAACAAGAUCAAGCAGGCCGUUGCUGAAAGAGACGUUGACGACGCCAAGGAGGGCGUCCAGGAGUACAUCAAGGCGACCAACGGAGAGGCCACUUACCGUGAUGUCCAGACCGCUCUCAUUGAGAAAGACAUCGGUCUCUGGCUGAUUGCUUCCGAGAAGCCCCUUCUUCAGGUCUUCGCCAACAUGGACCUCCAGGGAAACAUAGGCAAGAAGUACACGGUCUCGUACCGCUUCACUGAGAAGGCGGACCGUCCUCGUGAGGUUGAGGGUUGGCCCAAGGACCGGGACGAACUCCUUUCUCGCCUUGACGACGCUGGAGAGGUCGUCGACAAGGGUAUACCCCUGUGCAGCAACUGCAAGGAGCUUGGUCAUAUCUCCAAGUACUGUACCCAGGAGAAGGCGGAACGCACCGAUGCUCCCAAGAUUUCCUGCUACAACUGCGGCGGGGAGGGCCAUCGUGUUCGUGACUGCCCUGAGCCUCGCGUUGACAAGUUUGCGUGCAAGAACUGCGGCCAAUCUGGUCACAAGGCUUCUGAUUGUGAGGAGCCCCCUAACCCGGCCAAUGUCGAGUGCCGCAAGUGCAAUGAAGUCGGUCACUUCGCCAAGGAUUGUCCCCAGGGUGGUGGUCGCGCGUGCCGCAACUGUGGUGAGGAGGGCCAUAUGGCCAAGGAGUGCGACAAGCCUCGUGACAUGUCCAGCGUCACUUGCCGCAACUGCGACAAGCCGGGCCACUACAGCAGAGAGUGUCCCGAGCCCAAGGACUGGAGCAAGGUCCAGUGCUCAAACUGCCAGCAGAUGGGCCACACAAAGGUCCGUUGCAAGGAACCUCCCGCUGACGAGAUGGAUGGAGGCAACUUCGGUGAUGCCGACAACGACGCUGGUUGGGCUAGCGCUGGCGGCCAGACAAGCGGUGAUCACAAGAUCGCCGAUGAUGGCUGGACAGUUGCUCCAGCUGCCUCGACUGCCGAUGCUUCGGUUUGGUGA